AUGGCUUAUUUCCAGUUUCCAUAGCUGUGAAUAAGUAAGGCCGCAAGCAAAUAUGUCUCCUCAACGCUGAAAUAGGCAAUUCUGGUCUCCAACAUUUCUCUUUUCAAGGACAGGCUAGUCAAGAGGCUGGGGCCAUCAAAAAGAUGGGCUAUCGUCAGUUUGCUGUUAUCUCUGGAGUUUCGCAAAUCAUUACCAUGGUCUUCUCAUUUUCUCAAGUCAACAGCUGAUUGCUUGUUGCGAGACAAGCUAUGACGAAGACGGGGUGGCGCUCUGAUAGCGUUCUAGUAUCAGGGACUAUGGCAGCCCAUUGGAUCCCUGUUGGCCUCUAGAAAAUUCUCUCAUGUUACGAUCUUAUGCGUCACAUGUACAGCUCAGACCAUCUUCGGUCCCCAGCUCCUCAACGCAAAUUGGAACGCGUAGGUAUCCUCCGGCUCUUUGGGCGUUUAAACAACAUCCUGGUAGACAGUCUGUACGUGCUUAUUCUUAGUUCUACAGGCAGGCAAGCUGAUCGCGCUCCCCCCGGUGGAUCAUUAAACCGGACCAGUUUUACGCAAGUCGUACCUUACUUGCUUACAUCUACCGGACACGGAAGAUUAGUCCGGCGAACUAAGAUGGUUAUAGAGAGAGAGACGUCUUUUUCGGUCCUUCUGCAUUUGCAAUUUUGUCGAUGGCGCGUCAGAGUGGCCAUAUUGGUAACUGGCAUUCCAGAUCAUGGUGAGCACUUUACAAGGUUGAGCAAUUGGCAACCUGACCAUAUUUCUUGGCAGCUUCUAACGUGUUCAAUUGCUGAUGUCGGUCGGCUGACUCUUAUUUGGGACUUGAACGCUGUCGUUGAAUCUUAAAGAGUGAUGAAGAGAAGAUGGAGGCGUUUCUCGUGAAAACGCCUUUACGCACGACUGCCGCUACCAGUAUGAACUUGCGAUAUUCU